AGCCACAUUGGAACAGUAAAUUAGUCAAUUAAAAAUAGUACUCCCGCCAGCUUCUUCUGUACGCCAAUAGAUCAUGUCCUCCGUAUGCUUUUUUCUCUUAUCUCAACACAAGAAAGCAAACAGGCUAGGGUUUUGACCCCUCCAAAUAAAAAGCCGCAAGCAUGUUCCGACCGUCGACAAGGUGUCUAACCCAGAUUGCUUAUAAUAAGGAGGACAAGGAGGCACGCCCUAGAAAGCAGCAUACAAUUCCCAUGACCCUUCGCGAGCUUUCACAGGCUAUGUUUGCAUUCCAGGAUUCUGUAGACUCUUGCUUAAGGAGCAUAGAGACGCUCCUUCUCACGCAACAAUGGCAGGUGGAGGAAAUACUUGAAUACACCCGCGAACAAGGAACAAGGAAGGCUGAGCAUGGGGAAGGUCCUAAACAAGGCAAACGUUAGGGAUAGUGAGAUCCCUAAUUUCUUAAUACUGCAUUAAGAACAUCAUUUUUGGAUAUUUAUAUGAUCUUAUUUUGGAAUUACACAUUAUGGCUCUUAAUCCCAUUUUGAGAAAAUUUUAUGCAUAAUUUCAUAUUUACAUGUUAUAGUUAUCUAUUAUUUCAAUCUUCAUUGUUGAAUUUUAUAAGUAUUGAGAUAACUUAGUAAUUGCAUGUGAGCAUUUCAACCAUUAACUCCAAUUCCGAAAUACUAUUAACCACG